GAUGCUAGUCCUAGAACCAAAUAGCCCCUUUGUACCUCACAAGCGUACGGCACCUCCGGAGCCAAAGCAUUCAGCGCGCAUGGUGCUCUCGACCGUCCUGCUCGCGGCAGGCAUCACGCUGAUGCUCGUUGUUCAUAUCCUCGUAGUCCUCUGGGUGCUGCGGCGGGGCAUCACCGCCCGCGUCGCCGAGCACGUGGACGAAGACGCAGGCCUUACUGCCGAAGAGCUCGGCGAGCUGCCGUGCCACGACUUCAAAGAAGGCGGCGCCGGCGAGUGCGCGGUGUGCCUGGAGGCGUUCAUGGCCGGCGACCGUUGCAUGGUGCUGCCGCGGUGCGAGCACGGGUUCCACGCCGAGUGCGUCGGCUCGUGGCUGCGCAAGAGCCGCCUGUGCCCCAUCUGCCGCGCCGAGGUGGUCGGCGCGGUGGCCGCCGAGGUCGUCGUGGAGGUCGCUGCAGCCUGA